AAACUUGGACGCGGUACUGAGUCAGCUUCGAGGGUGCCGCAUCAUAUGUGCUACGCAAUGAGAACGUGCGUUCGGCAGCGGGGCGUUGCGAGUGGUAUAAAAGAAGCGGCAAGUCUGUGGGGGGACUGGGUUUUAUCAUCGCGCGGUUGCUCUCACCUGAGCAUCACCAUAGCAGACUUCGACUUCAAUCUGAAAUGGCUAGCUAUAGCUCUCUCCCAAAGACUAUCAAGGAGUAUCGCUCCAACAGCGAUGGAUAUCGAAAGCUCAGGCUCUGCGAGGCUCCGUUGGAGCAUCCAGAGGCGGCCGAGGUGCUCGUCAGGGUGCACUCCGUGUCUAUGAACUACCGCGACCUGGUCGCCGUCGAGGGCACAUACGCAGGGCUUAAACCCAAACCCAACGUCGUCCCGUGCUGCGACGCCGCCGGCUCCAUCGCCCUCCUCGGCGCGGACGUCGCCUCGAGCGGCCAGUGGUCUGUCGGCGAGCGCGUCUGCGUACAGGUCGCGCUCGACUAUCGCGACGGCGAGGUUGGGCCUGAGACGAUGGCUAGAGCUCUGGGCGGAGCCAUCGAUGGCGUGCUGAGGGAGUACGUGCGCGUGCCGGCUCAUGCCCUGGUGAAGAUACCAGAGAAUUUGACGUACGACGAGGCGUCGACGCUUCCAUGCGCCGCGCUGACGGCAUACAACGCGUUAUUCGAACUCAAGCCGCUCAAGAAAGGCGAUUACGUGCUCCUUCUCGGUACUGGAGGCGUGUCAAUCUUCGGUCUGCAAUUCGCAGUGGCCGCAGGCGCAACAGCCAUCGUCACGUCGUCGUCAGACGAGAAGCUCAAGCUUGCCAAGAAGCUUGGUGCUCAACACACGAUCAACUAUAAUAAGAUAGAGAACUGGGACGAUGAGGUCCUCAAUAUUACCGGUGGACAAGGUGUAGACCAUGUCAUCGAGGUCGGAGGCUCUGGGACAAUUGCAAAGUCCGUCAACGCGGCGCGCUACUCGGGCUGCGUAGACCUUAUCGGAUUUGUCGCCCAGGGCGAGAACCAGGUCCCGGUGGGCCUGACGAUCCACAAGGCGCUUGUCGUACGUGGUAUCCUCAUCGGUUCUGCAGCUCAGUUCGAAGCGAUGAACCGGUUCAUUUCUGAACAUGACAUUCACCCGAUUGUCGACAAGGUCUUCUCGUUUGAAGAGGCAGUUGACGCAUUUGCGUAUCUGGGAUCGCAGAAACAUGUGGGGAAGGUUGUUAUUAGGCUUAUCUAGGAGUGAGGUGAAAUAGGACGUUUCAUAUGUACGACAAU